GGCUCGUCCUGCCUCGUUGCUCCUAGGAAGACUCCGUCGCUGUAGGCUCAGAUUACUCGAAGUAUGAUGAACACGCUUGCGAGAAAGAGGCAACAGGCGAAGGCUGCUGCUGGCUCUGGCAGCGACGGAUAUGAAAGCCCUGUCGAGGUCGAUCAACCUGAUAUUGAUCAAGCUGAACAAUUUGAGACAGUAGACAUGCAGCCUGAGCCCGAGGAAGACCCAAUCAAGCUCGCGGAGAAGGUCAAGGAAAUGGGCAAUGCCGCUUUCAGAGCGCAGCGAUAUAUGGAUGCCGUCGAAUCGUAUUCUUGGGCUAUUGAAUUAAACCCAGCAGAGCCGACGUAUCUCACAAAUCGAGCCGCCGCCUACAUGGCUCUGAAGAAGUUCAAAUUUGCGCUCGCAGACUGCCAACAAGCGGCUGACCUUCAAUCAGAAUCUCCGUCAUCGAAAACACUGAUCCGUUUAGCUCGUUGUCAGCUAUUUACUGGGUCGACAGCGCCGGCUCUAUCCACCCUUCGCGCUGUGCUUGAUCUCGAGCCAUACAAUGGACCGGCUCUACAACUGCAGAAGAAGGUGCUCGAGCUGGAGGCGCAUCUGCAGAACUUUCAGGACGCAAAGAGAAGGCAGGACUGGGUGACGGCGCGGCUUGCACUGGACAAGUGCGUGCAGGCAAUCGAAGCGAAAGGAGGAGAUAUACCAGUGCAGUGGAAAUUGGGACGGAUUGAGUUUGAAUUGGCACAGAAAAACUGGGAUGCGGCUGGUAUUGCAUCCAGUGAGGCACUGCAUCUGGAGCCCAACUCACCAGAUGUACUGGCCCUCCGAGGGUUGGUCCUCUUCCUGACUGCGAAGAUCGAAGAGGCACUGCAGCAUGUGCAGUCUGCUCUGCGUCUGGACCCCGGACACGAAGUUGCUCAACGGUUACGGAAGCGGAUCAAGGACGUAGAACGAUUGAAGGAGGAGGGUAACGUUGCCUUCAAGGCUGGCCGCUUGCAAGAAGCCACCGAGAGGUAUGGCGAGGCACUUGGUCGCAUUGGUGAGGAGGACAACGAAGGGAAUGGUGGACAGAUCCGCGCGAUCUUCCUGUCGCAUCGCGCCACGACAUUAAUGAAGCUCGAGCAAUACGAAGAUGCCCUUCAAGAUACGGAAGAAUUUCUUCGCUUAUACCCUGCAUCGUUCAAGGGGCUCCGCACGCGCGCCCACAUCUAUUUGCAUCUUGAGAAAUACGACAACGCGAUAGCCGACUUCAAGUCGGCCAUUGAGCAGGCCGAGUUCGAAGGCAGCGAUGCGGACGUGAAGGCAUUGCGAUCUGAGCUCAAGAAGGCCGAGCUGGCGCUCAAACGGAGCAAAUCGAAGGACUACUCCAAAAUCCUCGGAAGCGACGGACUCUUCACAGCGGGCAAACAUUGGACCAACGAGAAGCACUUCUGGAAAGACGCGACGUCGUCAAGCAUAUAAGGCCGGUCCUGCUCAGCAAGAGCGACCGAUAGUGCACCCUAUG